AUGCCUUCUCCAUGCACACGACCCCGUCGAUCGCGUCGAAAGCCGUCUCUCCCUGCGCCUGCGACCCUCAUCGCGGUUUCCAGUUUCCUCCUCGCACGAACCUCUCUCGCCCUCUCCGACUCGCAAACGCCCGCGCCGACAUCGCCUGCCUUACCAGAGGGUCUACUAGGUCUCGAAGCGGUCGGAUCGGAGUUGGCGGCGGUCGAGGAUGGCCGAGGGUUAAAUGCGAGACGAGGUCUGGAAGAGCGAGCUGGCGAUGGGAGGGCGGCAGUACUGGCAGAGAGCAGCGUAACGAGUCCGACAACACCACCACCAGCAGCAGCGACAACGGGAUCGACUCCGCGCGCGCCAGUGACGACUACCUCGCUCGCUCAAUCUAUCAUUACGAGCAUAACGUCGUCUACCGAUGGGGCAGGGGCGGGUAGCAGCACGUCAUUAGCAGUGGUAGCGAGCAGCAGCGGUGCCGGAGCGUCAGCGGCCACGACAACUUCGACCGGCGUGAUCUCAACCAGCACGGCGGUUCCGGCGGGCUACGACUUGCCAGAAGCGUUCGAUUCGACCCUCGGCAACAACUUCACCUCGACGGCAUGUCCCUCGUUCUUCGCAACUUUUCUCGCAAACCCUACUUUCAAAUCCUGCGCGCCCUUCUCCCUCCUCCUUACCACCUCCACUGGCUUCUUUCAAGCCGAGCGCGCUCCUUACGGCCUUCUCCCUUACGUCCUGAACGCUUCCUGCACCGCCUCGCAAGACGAGUGCACCGGCUUGAUGGACUCGCUCGCCGCCAAGUUCCAGCUGCAGAACACCUGCGGACCGGAUCUUGCGAAGGGCAAUCCGCUCGCAAUUGAAGCCCUGAACGGCUUCCGAAGCUAUCGUCUGAUGCGAGAAGCCGGCUGCCAGACGAGCAACACGACCGGGCGAUACUGCUUCGCCGAGGCUUCCGCCAAGACGAAUCCAUCUGACCUGUACUACUACUACCUGCCUGAAGGAACGAGUCUCCCUUCCGGCGCAACACCUGAUUGCGACACCUGUACCCAAAAUCUCCUCGCCAUAUACGCCCGAUACGCAACGAAUACCACCCUCGCCAUCUCCAAAACUUACGCGUCAGGUCGUGCCGCUGCUGCUCUCGCCUGCGGUCCUAACUUUGCGCCCCUCGUCGCGACAAGCACGGCAGGCCAAAAGUCGGCGUCGAGCGUGACGAUCGUCUUCGACGGGCGCCAAACGUUACUCGCCGCUGGACUCGGCAUUCUAGGCGCACUCUUAGUGGCCACCUAG